AAUGGGCAAAAGGGAGCAGGGGCAAUAGGUUCAAUCUGACUCCUUAGAUUACAGGGUGACAUCACGCAGAGGAGUGACAAGCGGGCAGCUGUGGACAGCAGAAUAACAUAUCCAGGAAAGUUCCUGAACACCAAAUAAAAAGGGACAGAAGAAGAGAUGGAUGGACAGUCAGAGAAGUAUUGCUAGGAUUAGAUAGAUAUGUGAGUGAUCACUAAAUGGUUUAUAGAUUAAGAUCAGCAUUUCAGUGAGUUUGAGAAAUAAUAAUUUAUGUAAAGUAUAAAAUAACUGAGAGGGAUAAGGUAGGUACAGGCUAGGAGGGAGCUUUAGUGCAGGCUGAAGGAGUGCUGUAAAGUAGCUUAUGAAAACUAGAGAUAGAUAGGGGAAACCUAAGUAGUAUAAAUAGAAAAGACAGAUAAAAAGAACCAAUAAAUUAAAAAAAGAAAAGAAGGAAUAAGACAAACCUUUUUCUGAUUUAGAAGGUCGAACAUCUUAUAAUUGGGCCCGAUUGACAAGCCCAUAACGAGGGUUAUAUCAGGUAUCUCUGGCUAACAGCUGAAGGAACGGUCUAGAGGCAGAGCUGGAUGUUCUUGUGAGGUCUCUGCAAUAAAAAAGAUCCUAAAACGUAUUAUGCUUUGCUGAAAAUCAAGAGCUUUCCAAGAAGGGUCCAGCGGAUAUAUUGCUACAAGAUUACGUGGAUACUGUAUUAGGCUAGCUGCCAAAAUGGUGCCAAAAAUAACCUGGAUUCACCACAGUGUGCUUGUCCCAGCCCUCCUCAUGAUAAGUGCAGCCCAUGAUAAUUCCUCCAAGCCAACCCUACUGCGUCUCUCAGACAAACUGAUGGCGGGAUACAAAAAGGGUGUACGACCGGUGUAUAACUGGAGGCAGACCACUACUGUGUUUAUUGAUGUCAUGGUCUAUGCAAUAUUAGGAGUGGAUGAGAAGAACCAAGUGCUAACAACGUACAUCUGGUACAGACAGUUUUGGGUGGAUGAGUUUCUCACCUGGGAUCCCAAGGAAUAUGAAAACGUGUCUCAAAUUUCCAUCCCUACUGAAAAGAUCUGGGUUCCGGAUAUUCUGAUCAAUGAAUUUGUUGAUGUUGGAAAGUCUCCAGAUAUCCCUUAUGUCUAUGUCAACUAUGAAGGCAGGGUGCAGAACUACAAGCCUAUCCAAGUAGUGACAGCCUGCAGCCUUAAUAUCUAUAAUUUCCCUUUUGACCUCCAGAAUUGCUCUUUGACCUUCACCAGUUGGCUUCACACAAUUCAGGACAUUAAUGUUUCCUUAUGGAGGACACCAGAAGAAGUAAAGGAAGACAAGAGCCUAUUUAUGAACAAGGGAGAGUGGGAGCUGCUCUAUGUCCUGUCCCAGUAUAGGAUGUUUGUGGAAAAUGAAGACAGCUUUGCAGAAAUGAAAUUUCACGUUGUUAUUAAGAGAAGACCCUUGUUCUAUGCUGUAAAUCUACUUCUCCCAAGUAUGUUCCUGAUGGUCAUGGACAUAAUUGGGUUCUAUCUGCCUCCUGACAGUGGAGAAAGAGUCUCCUUCAAGAUCACCCUUCUCCUAGGCUACUCUGUCUUCCUUAUAGUCGUGUCCGACACAUUGCCAGCCACAGCGAUUGGAACCCCACUAAUAGGUGUGUACUUUGUAGUUUGUAUGGCACUGUUAGUGAUCAGUCUAACAGAGACUAUACUCAUCGUCCGACUAGUACACAAACAAGAUCUCCAACCUCAUGUUCCUGAAUGGAUGAAGAGGCUGGUCUUGGAGAAGAUCACAGUUUUAUUGUGCAUCCGAGACAAGAAGAAAUUUAGUACAUCUCGUAUCAACAGUUCUGACAUGUCCCAACAAAUGGAGAACAGCAGCACUGAUAAAUUGGCUCAUUACAAUUCUGAAACUAUUAAAGACUAUGAUAAAUCAAUGGGAGUAAUUUUACCUACUAAAGAGAGCUCUGUAGUGGUGGAUAGUAUCCUCCAUGAGAUUGCAUCAAUUCGGCAAUAUCUAGAGAAAAGAGAUGAAUAUCGUGAUAUAGCCAAAGAGUGGUUGCAGAUUGGAUAUGUCCUAGAUGUCCUCCUUUUUCGUGUUUAUCUGGUAGCAGUAUUGGCUUACACUGUUACCUUGGCGACUAUGUGGUCUUACUGGCAGCAUGCCUGAAACUGUCCUAGAAGAAAGGACACUACAUAUAUAUAUAUUACUAACUACUAAUAUGGUCUAUACAGAAUAGGCUUGUAGUUAUGUAUGUAUAUACCUAUAUAUAUAUAUAUAUAU